AUGAAGUCCUUCUUCCUUUUCACCACUGCCCUUCUCUCCUCGUCUGUUUUGGCGCAGUCAUCUUCCCAGGCUGGAGGACAAGGCGGCGGCAGUGUCCUUCCCCAGUGCGCACAAUCUUGUGCCCUGAGGGCCAUCCAAGAUAGCAAAUGCGGCUCUGAGGAUCCCGGUUGCGUCUGCAAAGCUCCGGGAUUCGCCGAAUCCUACGUCAGCUGCGUCAACACCAACUGCAGCCCUAGUGAUGCCGCUGCUGCGAUUGCUGCUAGCAUUCGACUCUGCCAGGCUGCUGGCGUCACUAUCACCGCCGUUCCGAGCGCCACGGCUGAGUCUCAGGCUCCUGGAUCAACAUCUGUUGCACCCGUUGUUCCCGUCCCGCCUGUCGUUCCUACUGCCCCUCCUGUCGCCACUCCAACUGCACCUGCGCCUAUUCCUUCUACACCUGCGUCUAUUCCUUCUACACCUGUUCCCACUGCUGGUGCCAACUCUCUCAACACCGGAGUCGCGGCUAUUGGAAUGGUAUGGGCUUCCGUGAUGUUCUUGUUUGCUCUUAUGUAG